AUGCAUUAUUCAAGUACGAUAGCUACACAAAAUUUUGGGCAGAAAACAAUGACAGCUAAAAUCAACCCUCAAAGUAAUGAUCCUAUAAUGGGGCAAAGAAAUGGACUUAGCGAAACAGACGUGGUUGAGCUUAGAAGAAUGUAUUGUAUGCCUGGUGGGUUUAUAAAUCAGAGACCGGACCAAUCUAUCAAUCCUCUUAAUCCCGAAUCAUCCGAUAUCCUCUUAAUCAUCAAACACUUUUAAUCCCGAGAGAUCCUCCUAAUCUAACAAUACACCGAUAUCCUCUUAAACCCCAAAACCUUCUUAAUCUCACGAUGUC